AUGAAUAGACUAUUGAUUACAGAAUUAGGAGAUACAAUGAGAUCAGAAAUGAAGAGAGAUAUGACUAAAACUGUUAAAUCUAAUAGAACUAUGCUAAAAACCUAAUUCCCAGAAAUAAAGAAUAAUUUUGGUAGUUCUGCUCUUUUUAUGGAGAUUGAUAAAACUUAGAAUCCCCUCUAUUAAAAAAGUCUUUCUGAUUAAGCUCUUCUCAAUCUAUCUAAGGUUGCCAAUCUUUCUUUAUUUGGGCCAAAGAAUAGAUAGAAUUUAGAAAAUCACUUAAGGGAAGAUCUACUGAUCAAGAAGUAGAAAGACUAUUUGAAUUUACGUUUGGAUAAGCAUGUGGAGAGGAUUCUUGAUGACAAGAAUUUGAUGAGUAAGAGGAAGAGGUAGUUACUGAAUGAAUUGAAGAAAUUAGAAGCCAAAGAGAAGUUGAAACAGUUUCAUCACAUUCCUACUGAAUAAUCAUAAUUUAGUUCAUUGGUUGAGGACACGGACCGGGAAAAUAAGUUGAUGUCCAUAGUGAAUGCGGAGGGGAAGUUAUUGCAGUUGAAGAGAAGAUAUGAAAAAAAAUAAUAGGAGGAGUAAAAGAUGAAGGAGUAGGUAAAAAUGAAUUAUUGCAAAUUCAAAGACAAUCAGAUUAUGCACAUAGAAGCUCUUAAAAUAAUGGAGCAUGAAGAGAUGGAGAAUGAUGUGAAGGAUAUUUUCAUGAACAAAGAUAUGUCUGAAAUCAGAUUCAUGGAACGACUGAAUGAGAAACAUGUGAAGGAGCAAGUGUAAAUUUGGAAGCAGCAUCACUUUCCUAGGCAACAUAGGAAAUGGCUAUCUAAAUGA